AUGGCUACGAAACGUAAAGUGGACAUGAUCGUUCCCGCCGAGGAGAGCGACCAGCUGCUGAUCCGGCCGCUUGGCGCUGGGCAGGAGGUCGGCAGGUCAUGUAUUAUCCUGGAGUUCAAAGGAAGGAAAAUUAUGCUGGACUGUGGUAUUCACCCUGGCCUGGAGGGAAUGGACGCCCUCCCCUACAUAGACUUGAUCGACCCAGCUGAGAUAGACCUGCUGCUCAUCAGCCAUUUCCACCUGGACCACUGUGGAGCUCUGCCCUGGUUCCUGCAGAAGACCAGCUUUAAAGGGAGGACCUUCAUGACCCACGCCACUAAGGCCAUCUACCGCUGGCUUCUGUCGGACUACGUCAAAGUCAGCAACAUCUCUGCAGACGACAUGCUGUACACGGAGACGGACCUGGAGGAGAGCAUGGACAAGAUUGAGACCAUCAACUUCCACGAGGUCAAGGAGGUGGCUGGAAUCAAGUUCUGGUGCUACCACGCCGGUCACGUGCUGGGAGCUGCCAUGUUCAUGAUCGAAAUAGCUGGAGUCAAACUGCUGUACACAGGAGACUUCUCCCGACAAGAAGACAGACAUCUGAUGGCGGCUGAGAUCCCCAGCGUCAAGCCUGACAUUUUAAUCAUAGAGUCGACAUAUGGCACUCACAUCCAUGAAAAGAGGGAGGAGCGGGAAGCUCGGUUCUGUAACACCGUCCAUGACAUUGUCAACAGAGAGGGCCGCUGUUUGAUCCCUGUGUUCGCCCUGGGACGGGCCCAGGAGCUGCUGCUUAUCUUAGAUGAGUACUGGCAGAACCACCCGGAGCUCCACGACAUCCCCAUCUACUACGCUUCAUCCUUGGCCAAGAAGUGCAUGGCUGUGUACCAGACCUAUGUCAACGCCAUGAAUGACAAGAUCCGCAAGGCCAUAAACAUCAACAACCCGUUUGUCUUCAAGCACAUCAGCAAUCUUAAGAGCAUGGAUCACUUUGAUGACAUCGGCCCCAGCGUGGUGAUGGCGUCUCCAGGUAUGAUGCAGAGUGGCCUUUCCAGAGAGCUCUUCGAGAGCUGGUGCACUGAUAAGAGGAACGGCGUCAUCAUCGCCGGAUACUGCGUGGAGGGGACGCUGGCCAAGCACAUCAUGUCUGAGCCGGAGGAGAUCACCACCAUGUCCGGACAGAAGCUGCAGCUGAAGAUGUCGGUGGACUACAUCUCCUUCUCUGCCCACACCGACUACCAGCAGACCAGCGAGUUCAUCAGGGCUCUCAAACCACCACACGUGAUCCUGGUACACGGGGAGCAGAACGAGAUGGCCCGUCUGAAGGCGGCGCUGAUCAGGGAGUACGAGGACAACGACCAGGUUCACAUCGAAGUCCACAACCCUCGCAACACGGAGGCUGUCACGCUGAACUUCAGAGGAGAGAAACUAGCCAAGGUGAUGGGUUGUCUGGCUGAUAAGAAGUGCAUCCAGGGUCAGAGAGUGUCGGGCAUUCUGGUGAAGAAGAACUUCAACUAUCACAUCCUUAACCCGUCUGAUCUGUCCACCUACACAGAGCUGGCCAUGAGCACCGUGAAGCAGAGCCAGGCCAUCCCCUUCACUGGACCGUACUCACUGCUCGUCUGCCAUCUGAGGAACCUCACUGGUGACGUGGAGGAGCUGGAUGGAACAGACAAGAACACUCUGAAGAUCUUUAAAAACAUCACUCUGAUCCACGAGGCCGGCAUGGUGCUGCUGGAGUGGAUAGCUAACCCUCUCAAUGACAUGUAUGCUGAUGCUGUCACCACUGUGGUACUGGAGGUCCAAUCAAACCCAAAGGCUCAGAAAGUCAUGGAGACCCAGAGCGCCGUCAUGGACAUGGACGUCUUCCAAACCCGGCUAGAAGUCAUGUUGCAGGACAUGUUCGGAGUAGAAUGUGUGGAAUUCAGCGACGGUAAAAACAUCUCUGUGACAGUCGAUGGGAAGACGGUUCACAUUUGCUUGGAGACGAGGUCGGUGUCCUACGAGGACGAAUGCACAGAGGACGACUCGCUGAGAGAGAUGGUGGAACUGGCGGUUCAGCGGCUCUACGACGCCCUGAACCCGGUCAUCUGACAACGAGACGCACCAGUAAGACUUCACAUUUUAUGAAGGAGUUUCUCAGGCUGUCAUCGCUGAUUACUACGAAAAAAAAAUAUUUUUUACAUGCGUCAACAGGAAUUAAUGUGACUUGAGUCAACAUAAGGAAUCAGUGUAGUCUCUUACUAAUUAAACACUGAGGAAAGUCAGAUUCGUAAGAGACGAAGAUAAGCUAUGUGGGGUUGUUUUCAUAGGUUUUAGUGUUUUUGUAAUGCAAGCACUUUUAAUGUUAUUGUAUUUGUGUGUAGAUGUUCUGUUUGACUUGACUUUAUGACUAAUAUGCACUGAUAUAGCUGACUUGUGUUAACUGUGAACUGUGAACUUCUAAACGCACUAAAUGUAUGUGUUCUCCAAGUAAUAUUUAAAUGAGACUUCCAAAAACAAA